GAGUAUUGUUAGUGCAGUCGUCGCAUUUGGAGAAUUUUGGUAAAAAUGACUGACGAGCAUACUCGACUCACUGAUCCUGUUUAUAGGAGUCUCAGCAUAGACAGACGGGACACUUUAAGAAAUGGGAACUCGCCGGAGAAAAGAAGUCGCUGGUUUUUAUACCUAUCUGCUAUUGUAGUGAACUUACUUAGUUUCACCGUAGCCAGCGGCUUCAGUUGGACCUCUUCCGCUCUACAGAAAAUCUCAUCCGACGAUAUGUCAGUAAACCCACUAGGUAAACCAGCAACUCCAACACAAGAAUCAUGGGUGGCAUCGCUAUACCCCUUGGGAGCAGCCGUUGGGCCCUUAAUAGCAGGCAAAUUAUGUGACACUUUGGGAAGGAAGAGAACAAUGUUAGCAAUUGCUGUUCCAAAACUAAUUUGCUUGAUCGCUGUAUGCUUUGCGAGUGAUAUUAGGAUCUAUUAUGCCGCUAGAUUUAUUAUGGGUAUGGUCUUAGGAACUACCUUUGCUAUACUUCCUUUAUAUUUGGCUGAAAUUUCCGAGAUACAUAAUAGAGGUACCAUCUCAUCAAUUUUCAGCGUGGCUCUAAACUGUGGGAUUGUAUAUUGUCUUCUUAUAGGUCCUCUGUGCUCGUUAAAACUUCUAACCCUACUUUGUACUGUACCCUUGAUUAUGUUUAUAUUUAUUUUUGGCUUAUUUAUACCAGAAUCUCCGGUUUUUCUGGUAUCUGUAGGUAAGCAUAAAGAAGCUCUGAAAGUACUACAGAAGCUUAGAAACACAACUGAUGUCAAGGAAGAACUACAAGAGAUAACAAAAUCUUUGGAACUACACUUAGCAGAAAAAAAAGGAGUUUGGGAUCUGUUUAGAGAUAAACAACUAAGGAAAGCAUUAAUAAUAGUAGUCGGGUUGGUAAAUGCUCUGCAGAUUGCUGGGAUCAAUCCGAUAGUGGCAUUUUUGGAAGGUAUUUUCCGAGCAAGUGGUUCCAACAUGUCUGUUUAUUUAACAACAAAUUUAACAGGAGUCCUUCAAGUUAUAGGUACUUUGAUCACUGUUUUGAUAGCAGAAAAAUUUGGUCGAAAGACGUUAUUGAUAUUUUCAAGUGUCGGUGUUUUAAUUUCCCACGUUAUUCUUGCUAUAUAUUUCUUUUUAAAUCAGAUGCAUUAUAACGUAGAAAAUAUAUCAUGGCUACCAGUAGCUAGCUUGUUCUUCUAUAUGUUAAUGUUUAAUUUGGGUAUAUCCGCGAUGCCCUUUGCAGUCAUGGGAGAAGUUUUCAUUCACAGUGUCAAAGCAAGCGGUGCAUCCAUUGCUACAUUUACGAGUUUUCUUACUUCUUUUGUAAUUACGUUAGCUUUUCGAAUAGUAUUUUCCAAGUACGGUUUAUCAUAUUGUUUUAGUGGAUUGACUGUGUUUAUUAUACUUGUGUUGUUGUUUGUGUAUUUUGUCGUGCCGGAGACAAAAGGAAAAAGUGAAGCUGAAAUUCAGCAGUUGUUAAAAAAGUAAAUUUGUUAUUUAUUUAUAACAUUAGCUUAAGUUAAAUAAAUUCUAU